GCAACGCGUCGAGCUCAACGAUGGCAACGACAUCGGCGUCGGACAGUAAACGGUGGACACAUUUCCACUCGGCAUUACAGCUCGCCAUUCAACGUUCUGCACGCAAAUGGACCUAUGAAGACUUUACCGAAUGUUUUUCUCUAUGGUGCAAAGAAGAACCAAAUGGCGCGUCUGCUGUGUUUAAUGCUGUCUCAAGGCAUAUGGAAUCUACAAUAUCUAACAGUUGUGAAGACCUAUUCAAAGAGUAUAAUGUUAGGGAGAGUAUCAACAUAUUGCAUGCUGUCGUUACAGAAGCUCGUGCACGAAAGCAGCGCGGAGAACUAUCGGGGAAAGACGUUUGGAAAGAGGAUUUACAACCUCGAGUUGCUGCUCGUGCUCAUGUGGUGCCUAUUCUAGAAGGGGAGGUCGAUCGCCUGAAAGCAACAUUGAAAGCUCUCGAAGAAGAAAAUCUGAAACUGCAAGCUCAAUUUCGAGAGAAUGUCAGGAAACAGGAAGAAACAGAUGCGAAGACGACCGAGCUUCUAGAUAUUCUCGACGAUAUCUACCACAAGUGGAAUAAACUUCCCCACGAAGAUAUGGAAUUGUGGACACUCCAGACUGCUGAAUCAUUAGGCUCGACACGGCCACCAUGAUCGGGGUGACUGAAAAUCAACGUAGCAGAGAACGGAAAGCCGAUAGAAAGAACACCAUACAACUUGCCAAGGACAGGCAUCAAGUUUGAACACAUCUGGGAG